AUGCCUCGGAACACUCCAUACUUUCCAUUUUCGGCACCCAACGCGAGCGGUAUGGGAGCUUCAAACACGCGGAAGCGAAAAGAACCACUGAGCGACGGAAAUUCGGAUAGCAACUCGCAGCCUGACUCUCCACCGAAACGAAGAACCCCUUUGUACCAUACUCCCAUUUUCGAAGCCUUUACAAUUCACCGCGUCCACUGUACUAGAGCCAAGGAUCAUCAAAACCACUUAGAGAUUGCAUACUUCCAAGAUGCGCCACGACUUUUCGCCGGUGACAGCAAAGCGAGUGCUCUUCGUGGCAAGCAUUUGAUCGCCGACGUCGCUGAUUUCAUUGAGUCAAACUCCGAGAUUGCGCUCAUCCUAUAUCGGGACUACUCUUGCGAAACAUACCAUCGAGCAAUAGAGCCCGAGUUCCGCGCUCUGGAAAGGCCAAACGACCCGUUCAACAAAUCGCUGCUGCCAUACUUUUAUCGACUCGACAAUGAUGGGAUACCUACCAGUUCGCAUGCAGAGGCAAUGCUUAUUGUUUCCGAUGAACUUCAAGAUACUAUAAUCCAACUGACUGGGCUGGAUCCUGGCAUCAUCGCCGAACUCGGGGAUCCCAGUCGCAUGCGGGAGCUGGUCACACAAGUAUAUCACUAUCGCGGGAUUGGCGAGGGGUCGGUCUUGACGAGCAACUUGGAUAAGGAGUACUUCGAUAUUGCUGUCGCCUUUGUCGAAUUCAUGAAGGAAACAUUCAGGGAGGAAUACAGCGAAGCCGACUCACUCUUCGAGGCAGGAUUCGUGAACAACCACCAUCUACCAAAGCUGUUCGCCCCACGAGAUGUUCUUAUAAGGACAGAACAGUGCCAUCCAUGUGCCUAUAUUCUUGACAGCUUCCUUGGGUCAACUUCGAGGCUAUCCUGCUGGGCCUGGAGAUUCGAUGGUCGAUUCUGGAGAUACAAAACGGAAAUUAGCAUCCAAUGGCCGGGACUAGUAGAUAAGAUCCCAAUCACCAAUCUGUCCAUCUUUCCCCUCGCAUACGCCGCGCCAGAUGUCCGAAACUUACUUGAGAGAUCUGGGCGGGAAUUUUGGUCAGUGCGAAAAGGGAAAUAUGUGUCUUACCUUCCUACCGCCACACAGAGAGAUGGGCAAACUAUUCAAUUUCGGUACAUGGUUGAUAUGGUUACAUAUCGUGAACUUCAUCCGGAGGAAGACGCACUAGAGACACGCGAAUAUAUUAGCGAUGAGCAGAUGGAGUCCGAUGAGCCCCCUACUGGUGAUUUUCUUUUGGUACUACCUGUGACCGUGCAUGGAUUCGGUUUUCAUGAUAAAAAAUGGCGCUUGCUUUUUAUCUCACAAAUCAGGCCGAUCAAGUGGAACGAGCAAGCAUUUGACCAUCUUGUGCUCAACUUGACGAAGAAAAAGCUUAUCCGAGCCCUUGUCAAGAAGCACAACUUCACAAACGAAUCGAUGGACGUUAUUGAGGGCAAGGGAAAUGGACUUAUACUUCUCUUACACGGCGGUCCAGGCACAGGAAAGACCUUGACAGCAGAGUCGGUUGCAGAAGUAACUAAUCGACCGCUUUACCGCGUGACAUGCGGAGAUGUGGGAACAAAUGCUGACGAAGUUGAGGAGUACCUUGAGUCCGUACUAUAUCUAGGCAAAGUCUGGCGGUGCGUGGUACUUCUUGAUGAAGCAGAUGUCUUUUUAGAAGAACGCACGCAUCAGGAUCUUCAACGGAAUGCGCUGGUCUCUGUUUUCCUCCGUGUCAUCGAGUACUAUGACGGAAUUCUGGUGCUAACAUCUAAUCGGAUUGGCACAUUCGAUGAGGCGUUCAAGUCACGGGUACAACUAAUUGUUCACUACCCAGGGCUUGGAAAGGAAGAGAGACGACGUAUAUGGGAUAAAUUUAUCAGAAGCCUGCGUGGCACUCAAGUUAAUGUCAAUGUCGAGGAGCUUGAAGAGUACGCCGAGGCUCUCAGUGAAAUUGAGCUCAACGGCCGCGAGAUCCGAAAUACGAUCCAAACAGCCACUCUUUUGGCUCAAUAUGAUGAGCAACAGCUACGAUAUGAACAUCUCAUGAGUGUAAUUUCUGUUUCGGUGGAAUUCAAGGAUUAUCUGCGGCAUAGGUUUGGACAUGACGACGAAGAACGAGUUGAGCGGCGGGGAAUUCGGUAA